AUGAGCAGGGGACAGGGCGGCGUUGAGGGGGGCCUGUCCACUCAGCGCCAGCCGUCGAUUACCGCUAAGCCGUGCUGUAAUUACAGAACACUUGCAGCCGCGUCUGUGCACCCGCCCCUAGCCUGUCUGGGAAUGGUGGGCCUGCGCUCCCGACGUGCCAAGUGGGCGAAAAUCUCUGGAGUGGCGUGGCUAUCUCGGAUGAGGAAUGGCGCCAUUGUGGGGGAUCUGAGAGUCACCACAAGCGAAAGGUCCCACACCCCAAGAAGGUACAGUACCGGGAGGUUGUUGGUUGAUUUGAAGCCUAAAGUCGAUCAGCCAACUUGGGUCAUCAUCCUCGACGUUAAAACCCUCGCAGAUCAAAUCACUCUAAUGGCCCAUCAGCCUGGCGUCAUCACUUCCUUGUCGUGGAAGACAAAUUUCUCUCCCAUCCUGAACCCUCAGGGAGGUUGCAACGAAGACAACCGAUCUCAAAGGGGAGACAAACACCUGCUUGCAGGAUGGUAUUGGCAUUGCGGCCUGUCUGGCUUCGUCGCCCGUCUGAAGGGAGGCCUGAGGGUCUUUCUCGAUCAUUCCCUUUCUGUCCACUGUAUCCGCCCAUUAUCAUUCAUUGAAAUUUGA